AUGGAUACAGCAGUAUCCAAUCCACCGUUAGCCAUGGGACAGGGCGAGCGGCAGGGAAUCCACCCGUUUUUCCAGCAGGAGUUUACAGCUUCAGAGAAACGUGGCGUGCCUAAUGCCUCUAGCAUCCCAACUGAAACGAUUCCCAGUCCCCUCGCCUUCGCCUCAGUUCCAAGUCAGCAACCUGAAGCGCAAAGCCAGAAAAAGCCAACCUCAUCUGUUAACCCGCCAGAAACUUUGAAGGAACAAUCGGUUAGGAUUCCCUCUAGUCCCGAGGAAGACCCCAACGCCAGUCGGAGAAAGCGACGAAGGACCGACAAGACCAAAAAUGCAGAACACGAUGGCUCUCUCCAGGCUGGUUUAUCGGGAUGGCUAGGGAAGGAGAUGCCUGCGCCGUCACUGAUGCCAGUUCCUACCCCAGACCAUGGUGCGAUUGGCCCGCCGGUCCCGCUCGUCUCACAUGAUGCCAAGUUGGCCAAUAAUCAAGUCCUCAGUCAAGGGACACCUUCAAACGAUCCGGUAGCAACUACCCAUACUGCUGAUCCAAAUCGAAAAACCCUCAAGCUGAACUCCAAUGGAAGGCUGUUGAGCUCGCCUCCUAAAAGCCCCCCGGGAACUGUUGACCAAAACCGGAAAGCUCCCAAGCGUGGUAAACAAAGGAAAGCUCAAAGCAAAGUGGUUGCCAUCAAAUACCGCUUGAACCAAGAAAGGAAUAUUGGGCAGUUGAUCAAUGAUAUCCUUUGCGGGAAACAUACAUUUAGGCCCUUGGCAUCUCUGCCCAAGCCUGUUGUCCGCCCGCAAACCAAUAGCAACAAGCCAACCCAUCCGUUUUUUUCGAAAAAACCAUCUCAGAAGGCCGACGCCGAAAUUAUACAACCCACUCCGACUGCGGAUCCCCGGGCAACCCAUUUAUCCAGCUUCCUAUCAUCACGCGAGCCCAGGGGCUAUUCAGCCUCAUCCUCACCAUUUAGUCGUCCAAAGACCAAGUUCCCUGAACUUGUCCACCCAUUAUGGCCUCCACGGGACCUUAUCCACGUUAAAUAUGCCGAAUCUCCGUCAAAACCCUCUGCCGUUGCGUCUAUCACCUCUCAAGAUGAUCAUAAGAAAGCCAAACUACCAACAAUUGGAAUCCAUGAUCAGGAAAAUGCUCUCCUUGUGAGUACUGCAUUGGCACGAACAGCUGCUCAGAAGAGCCAGGGCGAUAGCCACAAUCGCCGUCCGACUUUGAGGCUACCAGGUCGACAUAAUGCAAGUGGAAGAGUUCUGCAAAAAGCAAUUGACAGCCAAAUGUCCUGGUCUUUGCCCAAUAAACGUCCCACCGCAGUUUCCCCCUCUAUUUCCAACCUUCGGACAAACCUGCUGAGUUCAUUCUCCGCCUUUGACUCAGGGAAAUACGAAUCUCAUCUUUGGUCACAAAAGUAUGCACCAAAAUCAGCUGAAGAAGUGCUGCAAGCUGGGCGCGAGCCACAAGUGCUACGGGACUGGCUUCAGAAUCUCAAGAUCACGGCAGUUGAUACCGGAAAGUCUCCGCACGGAAGCAAGAACAGGAAGACAAAACGCGAAAAGAAACAAAAAAAGCGCCAAAAGGCAGAAAAGCUUGAUGGAUUUAUUGUCUCCAGUGAAGAGGAGGCGUCGGAAAUGGAUAAUCUCUCUGGCUCGGAUGAUGAGCUUGCUGGUGACGUGACGGUCUCCGCUCCUCGUACAGUUGUGCGAUCUGGAGACGUGGGUCUUUGCUCUCAACAUGGCCCUGAUAAGGCACAACUCGCCAACGCCAUCCUUUUGAGUGGCCCGUCCGGCUCUGGCAAAACCGCCUCAGUGUAUGCGGUUGCCAAAGAGCUGGACUUCGAAGUAUUUGAGAUUAAUCCUGGAAACCGUCGAAGUGCCAGAGACAUGCUUGAAAAAGUUGGUGACAUGACACAAAAUCAUCUCGUUCACCUCCUGAAUGAAUCCGACGAAUCCUCUGCGAAGGCACGAAUGUCUGCCCCAGAUGAGCCCAAGCAAAACAAGUUGAUGGGCUUCUUCAAAGGUCAACCUUCGAAAGCUGCACAAAAGGUUGACAAGGGGGCAACUCCUAGUGAGCCCGAAAAUGACCCCAAGCGUCCUCGGGAGCAGAAACAGUCCUUGAUCCUCCUGGAGGAAGCGGAUAUUCUUUUUGAUGAAGACAAGCAAUUUUGGACCGGAGUUUUCACCCUCAUCAGCCAGUCUCGACGCCCAAUUGUCAUCACCUGUAACACUGAAAGCCUUGUCCCCACCCAGGAAAUGUCAUUGCACGCCAUUUUACGCUAUCAGCGACCGCCUCCCGAUCUUGUUCUUGAUUACUUGCUCCUUGUUGCUGCCAACGAGGGACAUGUGCUGAAGAGAAAUGCUGUAAGCAAGCUCUAUAAUGGAUCUGGCCAUGAUAUACGACGGUCUCUCAUGGACCUCAAUUUCUGGUGUCAGGUAGGCGUCGGCAGUGAUAAGGCAGGACUUGACUGGAUACUGCCAUCCUGGCCACCGCAGAACAACGUCGAUCAAGAUGGUGAACGUCUUCGUGUGCUUAGCCUCAAUACUUACGAACCUUACAUGGGUUGGUUCAAUCGAGACCUCUUCCUCACUGAAUCUCCCCUAGAAAAAGAGGCCGAGGCCCUGCGGAAUACAUCUCAUUGGUGGCGGCUCGGCCUUCAAGAUAUAGAAGAUGCAAGCGGAUGUAGCCAUGCAGAGCUCUUGUCUUCUGAUCGAUUCGCCUCAAAGUCUAAGCUGGAGAAACUCGAGUUGCUCAGCCAAGAAUCGGACUACUUGGAGAUGAGAAGCUCCCUUGAUAUUCUUUGCUCGGGAUGUCCCUUCAACAUGUUCAAAGAUAUUCUUGACGCGAGCGCCCCUCCGAUGCUUGAGUCUCACCGAUCGAAUUAUGUCGACGCUCAUCCUCUCCUUCAAGCCGAUCUGCUGCCCGAAUAUAACGCACUAAGCGAGGAAAUCAGCAUAGCAUCGGCUGUGUUGAUCUCCCGCGCUUUCCGUCCCACUGAUGACGAUACCGAGUCGGUCUGCACAACUCGAAUUUCUAACGGCUGGGCACAAUUGGCUGCGAAGCGCCAGGUAUUCCCAACUACCAAGCCUGGAUUCCAGAAGGUUUUUGAUCCCAUCAUGAAGGCCCGACACAGCACAUCAACAGGUCGUCUUGCGCCUUCGUUCGAGAAUGGCCUUGCCACAAUCACCGAAGAUCUUGCGCCAUAUGUACGUGCAAUCAUGGUAUUCGACGGCCGUCUAAAAAUAUAUCGUGAUAAUUUACACGCCGCCUGGGCACAGGAACAGGGACGCGGAGAAGCUCGCGCGAGGACCACUCGUGCUAGUCGAGCCGCACUCGAAGGAAGUGACAAGGCUUUCACACGAAAGGAGAGAUGGUUUCCCGACGAAACCAAUUAUUACCUAGUACAAUGUACUGGCAAACCCGAGUGGCAGCACGCAUUGUUUCAGGAGGGUCAUUUCCAUGUCCAACCUACAGUGGAGGUUGCUAUUGAUGGGGCUCAGGAGUGCCCGGUCGAGGUAUAG